AUGUCUCCCCACAAGUUACAAGGCCCAAGCAUCAAGAUCGCCAUCGACCGCGGCGGCACAUUCACAGACUGCCUCGGCAUAGUCGACGGACGCGACGACAUCGUCGUCAAGCUCCUCUCGCAGGACCCCGCCAACUACGCUGACGCCCCCAUCGAGGGAAUCCGGCGGAUCCUCGAACAAGCGACGGGGAAGCCCCUGCCGCGCGAGGAGAAGCUGUCGUUUUCCGAUUUCUCCUCGACGAGCAUUCGCAUGGGCACGACGGUCGCGACGAAUGCUUUACUGGAGCGCAAAGGCGAACGCCAUGCGUUGCUUGUUACGAAAGGGUUCAAGGAUGCGCUUCGGAUUGGGACACAGUCGAGGCCCAAGCUGUUUGCGUUGAACAUUCAGCGCCCGGAUGUGUUGUAUGAGGAUGUUGUGGAGGUGCAUGAGCGUGUUACGGUGGAGGAUUAUCAGCAGAAUCCGUCGCCUGAUCGGGGGAGUCUGGAGAAAGCGUUGGCGUCCGAUGCAGCCUUGAAGCGAGGAGUCAGCGGAGAAAUCAUUCGCGUCCUCGAGCCUCUGGACGAGGUUAGCACCAGGGCCAACCUACAGCAGCUGCACGACAAGGGCUACCGCUCGGUCGCAGUGUGUCUGGUCCACGCAUACACAUUCCAAGAGCACGAGCUGGCCAUCGAGCGCAUUGCGCAGGAGAUUGGUUUCACGCAGAUUUCCCUUUCAAGCCAGCUGCUCCCGAUGAUCAAGAUGACGUCGCGGGGUGCGUCUGCUACGGCCGACGCGUAUCUGACUCCGGUCAUUCAGCGUUAUAUCGAGGGUUUCCGUGCGGGAUUCAAGGAUGGAUUGCGGUCCGCCGACACUCGGUGUGAGUUUAUGCAGAGCGAUGGCGGGCUUGCUACAUUUGACAAGUUCAAUGGUCUUCGAGCCGUCCUUUCUGGCCCUGCUGGAGGCGUGGUUGGCUAUGCGGGAACUUCAUUUGAUGAGACGGACAGGAAGCCUGUUAUUGGGUUCGACAUGGGCGGCACCAGCACCGACGUCUCGCGCUACGAUGGCAAGCUCGAACACACCUUUGAAAACACAAUCUCCGGCGUAGCAGUCAUGGCGCCCCAGCUCGACAUCAACACCGUCGCAGCCGGUGGCGGCAGCAUUCUCUUCUGGCGCCACGGCCUCUUCGUCGUCGGUCCCGAGUCCGCUGGUGCUCAUCCCGGCCCAGCAUGCUACCGCAAGGGCGGCCCACUUACAGUUACGGAUGCGAAUCUGUUCCUGGGAAGACUGCUGCCAGACUACUUUCCCAAGAUCUUCGGUCCGAACGAGAAUGAGCCGCUGGAUGUGGGGAUCGUCCGACGGAGAUUCACAGAGCUAGCAGAGCAAAUCAACCAGGAAACUGGGCAGAGCAAGUCCCCAGAGGAAAUUGCCCUGGGCUUCAUCCAGGUUGCCAACGAGUCCAUGGCGAAACCGAUCCGGGCCCUGACUGAAGCCCGUGGUUAUGACACGUCUGCUCAUAACUUGGCCUGCUUUGGCGGUGCUGGUGGCCAGCAUGCCUGUGCCAUUGCCUCCUCGCUCUCUAUUCGAACGGUCAUCAUCCACCGCUACUCGUCCAUCCUCUCGGCCUACGGCAUGGCCCUCGCCGACGUGGUCCACGAAGCUCAGGAACCUGCAUCAGGCGUCCUUACUCCCGAAGCCAUGGCGUCCAUCAACCAACGAAUCACAGCACUCAAGUCCAAGGUCGCUACAGCUCUGACGAGCGAUGGCAUCGCCGCGGACCAAGUCUCGCACGAGGUCUAUCUCAACCUCCGCUACCAGGGAACGGACAACGCACUCAUGGUGCUGCAGCCCGCUGACGGCGACUUUAUCGCCGAGUUCGUCAAGGAGCACCAUCGUGAGUUCUCCUUUACCUUCCCCGGCAGGGACAUUCUCGUCGAGGAUAUCCGGGUCCGCGGUGUCGGCAAGGCCACCACCGUCCCCUCUGAAGCACCGCAGAAGGAACUCGCGAGCGUCGCCACAGUACCAAUCGACUGUUCAACGCAGGACGACUCGUCGGUCGUCUACUUUGCCAGUACCGGGCGCGUCACAACCCCGGUCUUCUUUCUCGACAACCUCCAGCCAGGAAGCCAAAUCCACGGUCCUGCAAUGAUAAUCGACAAGACGCAAACAAUCGUCAUCGAGCCCAACGCCACAGCGACGAUUCUCUCACGCCAUGUAAUCCUCGACGUGCAAUCGUCCAAAAAGCAAGCAGCUACAGACGCAACAGUCGUCGACCCCAUCAAGCUCUCCAUCUUCGGGCACCGCUUCAUGUCCGUGGCCGACCAGAUGAGCCGCAUGUUCCAGAAGACAUCUGUAUCAACUAAUAUCAAGGAGAGGCUGGAUUUCUCGUGCGCGGUUUUCUCGCCUGAUGGGAAGCUUGUCGCGAACGCGCCGAAUGUGCCGGUGCAUCUUGGGAGCAUGGAAUACGCCGUCCGCUACCAACACGAGCAAUAUAGCGGCAAACUCAAGCCCGGCGACCACAUCCUAACCAACCACCCUCUCGCCGGCGGGACACAUCUGCCCGACAUCACAAUCGUGACUCCUGUCUGGGACAAGGGUGGUACGCGGAUUAUAUUCUACGUCGCAUCUCGGGGACACCACGCCGAAAUCGGCGGCAUAGCCCCCGGCAGCAUGCCCUCAAACAGCAAGCUCCUCUACGAAGAAGGCGCAAUGACAUUGGGCUUCAAAGUCGUCUCAGAGGGCCGCUUCAACGAAUCCCUUGUGCGAAAAUUCCUCUACGACGGACCAGCGUCGUACCCGAAAUGCAGCGGGACACGUACAUACAACGACAACGUCUCUGAUCUCAAAGCGGCCAUUGCAGCCAACCACAAGGGCGCUACCCUUCUUGAGAGUCUUGUUGUCGAGAAUGGGCUGGAGGUUGUGCACUUCUAUAUGGAUGCUAUCAAGCGGACGGCGGAGGUUGCGGUGCGGGAAUUGUUGAAGAGGAUCGGGAGGGAGAACGCGGGGGUUCCUUUACGGUUUUCGGAUUUCAUGGAUGAUGGGACGGAGAUUCGUCUCGAGAUUUGCAUUGAUGAGGAGACUGGUUCCGCCGAGUUUGACUUUACGGGGACGGGCCAUGAGACGUUUAAUUGUCUCAAUGCGCCAAAGGCAAUCGCGCACUCGGCUAUCAUCUAUGUCCUUCGCGCCCUGAUCAACAUGGACAUCCCGCUAAACGAAGGCUGUCUCGCCCCGGUGAACGUCAUCAUCCCCGAGGGGACGCUGAUCAACCCUUCAGGCCACGCGGCCGUCUGCGCCGGAAACCCGAUUACUUCGCAGCGAAUCACAGACGUCGUCCUCGGCGCAUUCCGCGCAUGUGCUGCAUCGCAGGGGUGCUGCAACAUCAUCUCCUUCGGCAUGGGCGGCCGCGACGAAAACGGCGUUGAUAUCCCCGGUUUCGGCGUGGGCGAGACAAUCUGUGGUGGUUCGGGUGCCGGGCCGGAUUGGCAUGGGACGUCUGGUGUCCAUGUGCACAUGACGAAUACGCGGAUUACGGAUCCAGAAGUAUACGAGCUUCGAUACCCGGUUAUUCUGCGGCAGUUUUCGAUUCGAGAGGGUUCGGGUGGGAGGGGCAAGUUCCGGGGUGGCGAUGGGGUGAUUCGCGAGCUGGAGUUUAGGAUUCCGCUGUCCGUCUCUAUGCUCUCGGAGCGGCGCGUGACGAGGCCGUAUGGGCUCGUCGGGGGUGAACCUGGACAGGCGGGGCUGAAUCUCUAUGUGAGGAAGGAGGCGGACGGACACGAACGAGUGAUUAAUAUCGGCGGGAAGAUGGAGUUGAAUGUGCAGCCGGGAGAGCGGAUUUUGAUUCAUACGCCUGGUGGCGGUGGUUGGGGCACGCCAGAGGAAGAGGAGCAGUCCACAAGGGGAGUGGCCUCGCAGAUGAGCUCGAGUCCAGCAGCAAAUGGGUUCCAUCCUAGGGGCAGUGUCCAUGCCUUCACUGCGAUGGCUGAGGCUGCCCUAUAGUUCUGGUAUAGUUCCGAUAAUUUAAACGGGAACCAUCGUG